AUGAAAGAGAAGACAGGUAAAGGAUUGAAAGAGAAGAUAGGUAAAGGAUUGAAAGAGAAGACGAGUAAAGGAUUGAAAGAGAAGACAGAUAAAGGAGUGAAAGAGAAGACGGGUAAAGGAUUGAAAGAGAAGACGAGUAAAGGAGUGAAAGAGAAGACAGGUAAAGGAGUGAAAGAGAAGACAGCUGUACACCAGUACAAGGACACAGAUUUGAGAAAUGAUCACAGCGACACAGGUUUGAGAAUUGAUCACAGUGACACAGAUUUGAGAAAUGAUCACAGCGACACAGGUUUGAGAAUUGAUCACAGUGACACAGAUUUGAGAAAUGAUCACAGCGACACAGGUUUGAGAAUUGAUCACAGUGACACAGAUUUGAGAAAUGAUCCCAGUGACACAGAUUUGAGAAAUGAUCACAGUGACACAGGUUUGAGAAAUGAUCACAGUGACACAGAUUUGAGAAAUGAUCACAGUGACACAGAUUUGAGAAAUGAUCACAGUGACACAGAUUUGAGAAAUGAUCACAGUGACACAGAUUUGAGAAAUGAUCACAGCGACACAGGUUUGAGAAUUGAUCACAGUGACACAGAUAUGAGAAAUGAUCACAGUGACACAAAUCUGAGAAGUGAUCACAUGGACACAGAUUUUAGAAAUGAUCACAGUAGCACAGAUUUAGAAAUGAUCACAGGGACAAGAUCACAGUGA